AUGGGGAAAGUGAGGGAGCUUCGGUCCCGGGUGCACCGGGCGGCAGUGAGGCCCAACGAGGAGGCUGCACCUGGGACCGUGACCCCUGCCCAGGAGCCGUCUCUGUCACAGCCAUCCAGCGGCGGUGCGGGAAGAAAGGAUUGGGCAUCCUUGGGCACUAACAUCUUUGCCAGGACCAAGAUAGACAUCAGUGCCUUGGUGCAGAAUCUGGACCUGGAUCGAGCUAUUGUUUCUUCUAGAAGGAAUGCAGAGACAAAGGUUAUUUUGCCCAAGAAGGAAAAACUGAAGCUGAGACAUGAGAGGUGGCUGCAGAAGAUAGAAGCCAUCAAGCUGGCUGAGCAGAAGCGCUGGGAGGCACAACGGCGGAGGGCCACGGAAGUGGUGGGGGACUUGCGCCCACUGAUGGAGGCGCUACCUGAGUUGGCAGAACUAGAGAACAGCAGUGGCUUGCGGCAGCCCAGGAGCAGGGUGACCAGCAAGCCCAGGCCCACUGAGCUCAGCCGGAUGAGUGCUGCACAGAGGCUUCAGCUCCUUGAAGAAGAAAGGGCCCGGUUCCGGGAGCUACUGGCCAGCCCAACCUACCAAGCCAGCCCCCUGGAGGCCAUUGGGCAGCGGCUGGCCCACCAAAUGCAGCUGGAAGACAGUGGUGGUGGUGGCCAGCUCUGA